GGGAAAGUCCGGCGCAAUUGAUGCUAGGUAGGAAUUUACGUACAAAAUUAGACGCGUUCAGGCCAAACAGGGAGAAUAAAGUUAUAAAAGCUCAAGAACGACAACAGAAAUUAGGAACGGACGUUAAACGUUCUUUAGAGAUAGGGGAGGAAAUAUCGAUGAGACAAUAUAGGGGAAAUGAAAAAUGGAGUCCAGGGCAGGUAGUGGAUAGAAUGGGUACUACGGAUUAUAAAGUCAUGGAUUUGUCGGGUAGGGAAGCUCAUAGACAUAUUGACCAGUUAAGACAGCGAUCGGGAAAGCUCUUUAAUUUGUCCGACAAGCACAUCAGAACGGAGUUCUCUGGAAGCGGAACGUUCCGAAAAAUCCGAGGUGAUACCAGCGUCAGUUGCUGGGGAGACACAAGGCCCUCGGAGCGUGAGGGAGUUAAGUCCGGUUCGAGCGGCGAUUGUCGAGAAGUUGCCGUCGGUGUCAACUUCUGGUUCAGUUCCUCGCACUAA